ACAUCCGUUUAUCAGUUUAACUUCAGUUUCCUGUACGUUUCAACAAAACUCCAAAUCACAAAUUCCAGAGAGAAAACGUUUUCCACAAUUUGUGUGAUGGAAAACAACGACAUCUUAGCUCCGUCUGAUGCCUCGUUCUUUGACCAGAUUGUGGCCACGGAGCAACCACACAGCCCCAUACACUCCGACCCCUCCUAUCCUCUCAUCGAAACCUUCGUCGACCUUCUCAACGUCGACACCAAACAUUUUGAUUUCGAAAUGUUCAACUCUUCACUGUCUCCUCCGCCGCCAACCGCUCCUCUAGGGUCCGUUCACUCCGAAACCUCAGAGAAACCCAACGAGCAGACCUCGACGCCUGCACCGGUAGGGUCCAUAGACGGACUCGACUGUGGAAAGUCCGUGGUAUCGGAUGAUCUCUGCAUGGCAGGCAGUGCUAAGAAUUCCGGAGAGAACAAGCAGAAGCGGCAUCGGCAGAACGUUCCCCUGGACGCGUCACUGACAGCUUUGAUGCAGGCCGCGCCAGCGAUUUCUUUGGCGAGGAAGCCCAUGGGGCCGGAGGAGCUUGCUGAACUUGCCAUGGUUGAUCCCAAGAAGGCUAAGAGGAUUGUUGCCAAUAGGGAAUCUGCUGCUAAAUCAAAGGAGAGGAAAAAGCGUUAUUUGAUAGAGUUGCAAAAGAAUGUGGAAUUGCUUGAAAUUCAAAUAACUAACGUGUUUGAUAAUAUUUGCAUGCUUGAGAUGGCGAAUAGAGGAAGGGCUGUUCAUGUAAAGGAGCGCAGAGUAAAAUUAGACGUCAUGCGAGAAGAAGACCGAAUUAAAGAUGCUCUGAGUGCUGCGUUGAAUGGAGAAAUUCAGGGCCUGAAGGAUGAAAAUAGAAAUCUACAAGUUUUAUUGAGUUGUUCUCCAGGGAACUUUUUCUCUCCAUUCUCUUCCAAGUUACCUCUGCAUCAGUUUCAUAAUCCUCCAUCUCAGCAGCAUCUGAACCCUCAGCAACCACAACUCUCCAUGCGUAGUCCUCUUCCUCCGCCUGGCUCGAGCUUCACCGGGGGACAUUAUGGCCCUAAUAACUUCUCCAACUUCAAUCAGAAAAACUAGUUCAUUAGCACAAUCGCUAAGGGAUAAUAUAUAUCAUCUUUUCUAUGUUUGCGAAGGAUAUCAUUGUCCUGCUCUUUAUUAUGUUUUACCGUGUCAGACUAUAUAGCCUGUGUUCUUGUUCAUUUUCUGCAUUUUUAGGUUAAAUACCAGACUCGCAUUUUAUUUUCAACAUUCUGUGGUGGAAACACUUUAAUUUGAUGAAUGGUUGUGUUGUGAUUGAAAACAUUCAUAUUUUUCUGAGCCGUAUGUUCGUGGA